GCGCGGCGGCGCCGGGACCGCGGCGCAGCCCCGGGGACAGGGCUCGGCCCGGCGGCGCCGCCGCCCCCGGGACGGACGCGCCCGCGGCAAGAUGGGCGCCCUGGGCCUGGCCCUGGGGAUUUUCCACUACCUGGGGCUCUACCUGCAGCUCGGCGCCGCCUCCCGGCACCCCCCGUGGGACGCCCCGGCGGCGGGCAGCGCCCUGUUCACUGAGACCCCCCACGACAUGACGGCGCGGGCGGGCGAGGACGUGGAGAUGGCGUGUUCCUUCCGAGGCAGCGGCUCCCCCUCCUACUCCCUCGAGAUACAGUGGUGGUACGUCCGCAACCACAAGGACUGGACAGACAAACAGACAUGGGCUUCUGACCAGCUGAACCCGUCGCUGCAGGAGGAGCCAGGGAAGGACGCAACAAAAAUAAGUGUGGUGAAGGUGGUCGGCAGCAACAUCUCCCACAAGCUGCGGCUGUCGCGGGUGAAGCCGGCGGACGAGGGGACGUACGAGUGCCGGGUGAUCGACUCCAGCGACGGGAAGGCGCGGCACCACAAGGUGAAGGCUUACCUGCGGGUGGAGGCGGCGGCCGCGGGGCACCCCCAGGACACCCAGCUGCGGGGCGCCCCGCUGCCAGACCCGGCCCAGCCGCACCACCACCACCACCACAAAGCCGGCAAGGAGCUGAGGAAGCGCUCGGCGGACACCUCCUGCGUGCUGUAGGCGGGUGGUGUCGGGGGGACGCCAGAGCCCCCCGACACCCCGGACUCGGCGAAGCCGGUGAGGGUCUCGGUCCCACUGCCAGGGACUGGUCCCCCUGCCCCGCCUCACCCGCCGAUCCCACCGCCCUCCUCCCGCCACCUCGGUCUCCUCCCCAGCUCUGCCACGCGGCGGGGCCGGGGCUCAGCGCUGGAGCGGGACGGUAGUCGUGCCGGGGGCCAUUGCUGGGACCGUGCCUGGGGAUUGGGGCACCGUGGUUCCUCUCCCCCACCCCCUGCUUGCUGCUCCCUGCGGUGCCACAGGCCAUAUCGCAGCCCAGCUCUGGGUGCCUGGUGGAGCCCCCCCUGCUCGCAGGACCCCCCUGCCCUCCCCUGUGCUUUGCAGACCACACCGGCCCCUCCUGUAGGAGCCCUGGAUCAGUUGCUGUCCCCCAGCCUCUCAGCGUGUAGCUCGGUUCCAGCAUCCAUCUCACAGCCCCUGGAAGUCACCUCCCCUGCCCCUGCCUGCCCCAUUGCCCCCCAGCACGUCGAGGCCUGAGCCGAGCGGAGGCAGGACGGCCCGGCACCUCCCGGCACCACCGCGGGGCUGCGGCUGCUCCUCCGCCCCUCCCGGCCGGGCAGCCCCCGUGUGCCCGGGGAGCUGUGCCAUCGGAGCUGGCCUGCUCUCCCCUGUGGCUUUUCAUGUGGGAAGCGGGCUCAGCUGUCAUUCCUGGCCGCCCUCACUCCAUCUCCCUGUGCUGGCGCGGCGCUCGGCCCUCCACUCCCGGCCGAGCUCCCCUUCCUGUGCCACAGCUCUGGGGGGCCCGGCUCACAGGCUCCCCUGUCACGGUGCAAAUGGCAGAGCUGGGCCUGGUGUCCCCAGCAGUGAACCCCACUGCUCGGGACAGGGACGUGGGGAGGGAGAGGGGGGUCCCGGGUCUCCGUGCCCGGGUGCCCGGUGCUGCUCCCCUGCCCCCACCCUCCCGCGCCGCCACGCCUGCCACCACCAGCCCCUCUGCAGCUAAUAAAGUGAUUUAAAUGAA